UUAACAAUUUGCUCGAAAGUUCUUUCAAUCUCGGCAAAGCUGUGCAGGUUCCUAAAUGAUUGCUCGGAUAUGGUACAAUGCGCCUUUUAUUCGGUUUUUUGUACGCGGAGGUCAACAUCCACACGUGCGGCUUUAAAGACAAAUGGGCGCAUAAAUGCUACGAUAACAAAAACCUUAUUCUUUUUUUCGCCGUAUCCCUCCAUGAUAGCAGGAAAGGGCAUGAAUUAAUAGCCCAAGAUCUGGAUAAUAAAUGUCAAACUAUAGCUCACGGCAAGUGGUCACAGCAAAAGAGUGGAAGCACAUGUCAGCCUUCCACUGGGCACAAAGUUUCCCAUAAAUUAUCAUCUCUUUCGUGCAUUUGUGGUGAAGAAGCGAUAAAGCAAGUAGAGAGGUCGAAACUACUGGCGGUAGGCCGCAUGAUGGCCAGAAGAAUAAAUGCCCAGGCCUCUGUCACAAGCCAUCCAACUGUGUUGGCCUACGAGCGUAUGCCGCAGCAAUCAAUUACGAAUAGUUUAGUAGCAACUAAACCCAACAUAAGUGCUACUCUUACCACUGCCUUCGACAGCCCAAAUGACUUUGUUAAUGAUUUCAAUUACGCAAGAGCGAGCGACAACUAUAGUUUUAGUGGCGAUGUAAUAGUGGCAAACAACUUUACUUACUCGUAUUUCAUACCUGCCGUAUUGCACGACGUCCUUGCUCCUACAGCUUUGACUAUGACAUUGUCCAUGCCAUCGUAUGAAUCCAAACCAAAUUUGAUUGAGAAAAAUUUUACGACGUCUCUAAAUAGGAGCAGUGAAGUUCCGGAGGAUGUGCUGCCGACCGUUUUAGGAUCACCAGCGGUGACGAUCGAGAAUGGUGAUGUUUUGAAUGCGACAAACGACAAGCUAAACUCGUUCUAUUUCUAUGAGACUGAACAGUUUGCAGUUCUUUGGAUACUAUUCACAGUGAUCGUGCUUGGAAACUCUGCCGUGCUUUUCGUGAUGUUUGUAAAUAAAAAUCGAAAAUCACGAAUGAAUUACUUCAUUAAGCAGCUAGCAAUCGCAGAUCUUUCUGUCGGCCUGCUGCAUGUGCUUACCGACAUUAUCUGGCGCAUAACGAUUUCGUGGCGAGCCGGCAAUAUCGCCUGCAAGAUCAUUCGCUUCUCCCAAGUAUGCGUAACCUACUCGUCCACAUAUGUGCUUGUUGCAAUGAGUAUCGAUCGCUACGAUGCCAUCACACAUCCAAUGAACUUCUCUAAAUCAUGGCGCAGGGCGAAGCAUCUUGUCACAGCGGCAUGGGCGGUUUCGGCUAUUUUUUCACUACCCAUUUUGAUGCUGUAUGAAGAGAAGCUUGUACAAGGACAAAUGCAAUGCUGGAUCGAGUUGGGAUCACCGAAAGCAUGGCAAAUUUACAUGUGCUUAGUGUCUGCCUCACUAUUCGUUGUGCCGGCAUUGAUUAUCACCACCUGCUACGCGAUUAUCGUAAAGACCAUUUGGGCGAAGGGCUCUAUAUUUAUCCCAACAGAACGAACUGGCUAUAACAAUCCAACAACCAGAAGAGCAAGCUCGCGCGGAAUAAUACCCCGUGCCAAAGUAAAAACUGUCAAAAUGACUUUUGUGAUUGUGAUUGUAUUUAUAUUGUGCUGGUCGCCGUAUAUUAUCUUCGAUUUGCUGCAAGUGUUUGGACGUAUUCCGCAAACUCAAACAAACAUUGCCAUAGCAACAUUUAUACAAAGUUUGGCACCCUUAAAUUCUGCAGCUAAUCCACUGAUAUAUUGCCUCUUCUCUUCGCAAGUCUUUCGGACGCUCAGCCGUUUUCCACCUUUCAAAUGGUUUGCAUGUUGUUGCCGCACUUAUCUGAGCAAUUCCACACAAAGGCGUUGCAGCACCGUGAGUCGACGUCUUCAUCACAGCUGCGAUUCAAUGCGAACGCUAACCACUUCGUUAACCGUUUCACGGCGAUCCAACAAAGCAGCGGCCCGUGUGGUAAUAUGCGAAAGGUCAAAAGAACCGCUAGCCGUAUCAGAAGUGUGAUAACUGCAGUGUUGAUAAAUAGAAACCAUCCAGAAAAAAAAUGUAUUUUAAAUGUAUGAAAUCCUACGUAAGAUAAGAAUUUUAUUCAUAGUUGCGUAUGUUUGCAUGUAUGUAGGUAACUAUUUCAUUUCCAUUUUAAAUGUAAAUAACUUCAGCUUCAAUCAGUUGGGUUUUCUUAUAAGAUAUAUAUGUUUGUAUAUACGUACUGUAUUUCUAAUCUAAAAUACUAUAUUUACAUUAUGUGUAUGUAUUAGUGUGAGCUUAAUAACGCUGCGGCCAGAACAUGAACUCGAUUAGCGCCACUCUGGUGCCUGAACAGGAACGUAGUGAUGGAAUUUGAGAGCAAAAGUUAACAGAAAAUCACCAAAAUAAAACCGCCGAUAUAAAAUAUAUUAAAAUUUGUUUCUCAAGUUUAGACUAUUCGUCCUUCCUCCAUUGUACAGGCUGUCUGGCAUUUGGAAAUUAAUUAUUUUGUUGGAAGUUGGCAUUAAGCAUGGAACAAAAUUUCGUUCAAAUGACUUCCACAACUGCCUUUUCUCAGAUGCACACAGUGCCCUCACGUGGAAACCAAUAAAAUGAGCAAUUAAAAAAUCGGUUAGCAUGGCGCAGUGAUGCUCACUAUUGACUAUAACGGCAGUUUCUGUCGCAUUUUCGGAAAAAAAGAUUCAGUAAUACCGCCAGACCAAAAUCCACACCAAAUAGUCAAUCGUUGUGGGUGCAUCGGCAUCUCCAUGACGAUGUGGGGUCUCCGAUCCCCAAAUACGGGGAUCUUUUGGUUAAGAUAUCCGAUGAAAUGGAAAUGAGCUUAAUCUAAAAAAUCCUCCUCAAAUCUUCAACCAACCGUAUUUAAAGCGAAAGUGACCCAUUUUCUGAACGCUGUCAAGGUAACAAAAAAAUCGAUAGUUCACAUUCCAGACGCUUGCGGGGUCACCUUGUACUCGUUCGCUGAAAGGCCGAUAAUUGAGGCAUGAAUACUCGCAUGUUUUUCAGAGCAGUCUGCGUCCCUUCCCAAAUGGGCGACUUCCACGGUAAAAAAUGGAAUGAUCAACUGCACUGACUUUAUGAUGAAAUUUACGAUCUUUCGACUAUGUCCGUAACACUGUGAGUGUUCAGCGUAAGGUUCUAUAUUCGGUGCCCUACAAUAAAAACUUUUUAAGGGUAAAGAGUAAAGUUUGAGCUAUUUUUAGUUUUUUUUCUAUUUAUAUAUUUGGAAAACUAGCUUCAUAAUAACCUAAGUGUUAAAUAAAAGCGUUUCGUUUAAGGAAAUCUUAGAAGUUCUUGUAGCUCUUAUAAACUUUAAUUUGUUUACAGUUUCCAAUACUUGCAACAAUCUUGCGGCAAGCGAUGAUGUGGUUAUGAAGAAUUUAAAAGACUAAACCAAAUCUCAAGGUACAGUAACCACAAUUUGUAAAGAAAAAGCAGCAAAAGUUCAAAAUACUUUGAAUAAUAUUGUAAGAGGAAGCAACAUUGCUAGGCUUUACACGCACCCAUACACUCACACUCAUGCAUAAUCAGCCUGUAUAACAUUUUUUGUAAAUUUUUAUUAAAUUUAAAAUAAGGAAUAUCAAAAGCCAUCAGAAAGUCAAGACAUCUGUAAGUAAGAGUGCAAAUAAUAGGUUUUUGCCGCACACUAAGCUUAUUGCUUUAGAAAUAAGAAAUAAGAAUUAAUGCUUAGAACAAUAUACCAAAUAUUUUUCUUUAUGCCAAAUUUGUCAGAAUUUUUGGAAAAUGUAAAUGUGAAAAAUGUAUAUAAGAUGACACUGAUAAAUUACGAGUAUAUAUAUAUAUUUAUUA